AUGGCAACCGCCUGUGAGUUGCUCUUAUGCAGCAGCUUUUUUGCCUGGAAAAUGCUAACUCUUGUAUCUCUGCAAGGCCUCUUUUUGUGCGUAAGAAAUGGGGUUUUGCAUCGAUAUAAGGCUCUGUGUUUUGCUCCUCCACAGCCGCCGGUCCGGCGGGCGGAAUUGGCGAGCCAAAUCAGAGCGCCGACAAAUGAAAUCAGGAGGGGCAAAAUCAAGCCGUUCAUACGCGCGACGCUGUCGGAUCAGACGCCCGAGAUCUCCCUCAAACCUAAGGUUGCUUCGCGCCAGAAGCAGCUGGAAAUGUCUCCGUCACCGCCGCCGCUGUUGUCGGUGUCUUCCGAUUCACUGCAGUACCCCGCGGGUUUCCUCGGCGUGGUGCCGGACCGCGGUGUAGAGGACGGCGGUCACGGCACUCCCAAUGCGAUGGAAUACUUGUCGAACAUACUCGCGUCGAAGGUGUACGACGUCGCGGUCGACUUGCAAUUGCAGUUCGCGCCGAUGCUGUCGGAGAGAUUGGGGGAGACUAUUUGGCUGAAGAGGGAGGAUUUGCACUUUGCAGCCUCUAAAAGUUUCAGAGUAGCUGAGAAGAAGGUAUGGUGCCCGAACUUGAGCACUGGUGAUUGUCCUGCCAUCAGUAUGGCUUCUCUGAUGGAUUUCCAUUACAUUAGCUGCACAGGAUGUGCCAGGACUAGUUUGGGGAGUCUACGGGCUACUGAUGCUUGGCUAAUUAUGUCGGAUGUGACUCUAGCUCUUUAUGAUGGGCUGGGGCUUCCUGUUUUCUCGUUCAAGCUUCAAGGAGCUUAUAACAUGAUGGCAAAACUUCCAAAGGAACAACUUGAAAGAGGGGUCAUUUGCGCAUCUGCUGGAAAUCAUGCCGAAGGGGUUGCAUUAUCAGCUCAGAGGCUUGGCUGCAAUGCAGUGAUUGCGAUGCCUGUUACAACACCAGAAAUCAAGUGGAAGUUAGUUGAGGAAUUGGGUGCCACAGUUGUUCUUGUGGGGGAUUCAUACGAUGAAGCACAAGCAUAUGCUGAAAAACGUGGUGAAGAGGAGGGGCACAUCUUUGUCCCUCUGUUUGAUCAUCCAGAUGUUAUUGCAGGACAUGGGACAAUUGGGAUGGAGAUUGUGCGUCAAAUGCAAGAUAAGUUACAUGCGAUAUUUGUGCCAGUUGGAGGUGGUGGACUUAUAGCUGGUAUUGCUAUCUAUAUCAAGAGAGUUUCUCUAGAGGUAAAGAUAAUUUGGGUGGAGCCUGCUGAUGCAAAUGCAAUGGCAUUGUCACUACAUCAUGGUCAGAGAAUCAUGCUAGACAAAGUGGGUGGUUUUGCAGAUGGUGUAGCUGUUAAAGUAGUCGGGGAAGAGACUUUCCGUUUAUGCAGGGAAUUGAUAGAUGGGGUAGUUCUUGCUAGCCGUGAUGCCAUAUGUGCAUCUAUAAAGGAUAUGCCUGAGGAGAAUGGAAACAUUUUAGAACCUGCUGGUGCUAUUGCCUUUGCUGGAGCUGAAGCAUAUUGCAAAUAUUAUGGCCUCAAGGGUGAAAACAUUGUGGCAAUAACCAGUGGGGCAAACAUGAAUUUUAAUAGACUUAGAUUGGUAUCCGGACUUGCAGAUGUUGGUAGGCAACGGGAAGCUGUUCUUGCAACUUUCCUGCCAGAGGUGCCUGGGAGCUUCAAACAAUCUGUGGGGCCAAUGAAUAUUACAGAAUUCAAAUAUAGAUACAAAUCCGACAAGGAAGAAGCUCUGGUUUUGUACAGGCAAGGACUUUUCUGUGCCAUUAUUUUCCAUGCCUUGUCUAAGAGGUUCCACCAAUCUUCUCAGCUUCAAACUGUUAAUCUUACUAACAAUGAUUUGGCUAAAGAUCAUUUACGGCAUCUUAUGUGGGGCCAAUCCAGUGUUCAGGAUGAGCUGCUUUGUCGGUUUGUCUUUCCAGAGAGGCCAGGUGCUUUGAUGAAAUUUUUGGAUGCUUUCAGUCCAAGACGGAACAUUAGUUUGUUCCAUUACCGAGGACAGGGUGAAAAGGGUGCUAAUGUAUUGGUCGGAAUCCAAGUUGCUGGUGCUGAGAUGGAUGAGCUCCGGGCUUGUGCUGAUAGACUUGGUUAUGAAGAUUAUGUAGUGGAGAGCGGGAAUGAAGUGUUCCAUCUCUUAACGCACUAUAACUAAGGUAGAUCUCCUUGUGUUAAAUCAGUCGGUGCCACAAGGAUAUUACUCUGAAAAAGAUGCAGAUUUUCCACAUUCUUGGUCAAAAUGAGGGAGGAAUUCUUUUGUACUAUCCUCUCUCUCUCUCUCUCUCUCUCUCUCUCUAAUUAGGCCUUCUUCUUCACUCGUGUAAGCAAAGGGAGCUGAGGGUGUUAUCUGGUUUUUCAGCUGAUGUAUGCGUACUAGUUAAUAGGCGGUGUAUUAGUCCAAUAUGUUGCGAGAAGAUCGUAAUGCUGUCUAUACUUUCUCAAAGAUUCAAUCUGAUAUCAAUCCUCAUGUUUGAGAGGAUCUAUA